AUGGAUCCAGCAUCAGCCUUUGGCAUCGUCACCGGUGCCAUGCAAACAGUGCAGAUUAUUGGCAGCACACUUCAAGGCCUGCGUGCCUUGCAGGGCAAAUAUGCCGAUGCGGACAUGACAAUCCAUUCGCUUAUUGUCCAAGCUGCCACAAUCAAGUCUGCUAUCACACAGCUCCAAGAGUGGGCAAGUUAUGACUCCGCUAGGGCUGAGCAUCCAGACUAUUUGGAUGGGUUGGAUAUCGCCAUAGACGGAUGCAAGACAAGCAUGGAAUGCCUUCUUGCGCAGGUCUCCAAAGUCACGAGUGUUCUAGAUGGCAGGGAAGUUCCUGAGUUGCGAGUUGCGGCGAAGCUACGUGCGGUCUGGGAUGACCAUCUGAUGCAGGACUACCAGCAGCGGCUCCAGUCCCAGGUUCUAGCGUUAAAUUUCCUUUUACAGGUCUGCCAAUGUCGUACCGUCACAGAGCAAGUUGAACUCUUACGGCGGGAAGAGAACAGACAGCUGCUGAAGAAAGUUGAAGAUGAUACCGCGACCUUGCGGAGUUCGGUUAGACAGCGAGGAAACCCGUCGGCAAUGAGUAUUUCUCAGUCUACAAUCAGUGAGACGGCUUUGGAUGUGGACGACAUCAUAGUGAAUGCAACUGCGUACAGAAGAGUGCUAGCACAUAACCGUUCAGUUUCAAAUCGUGCCCGUACGGAAGAAUCCAGCCACAAUACAGGUACUCAACCACAAACUCCAAGAUCCACCACUACCGACGAAGGCUAUGCGAGUGGGACCGUCCGGUCUCAAUCAUUUAAUGGCAGUAAUACUCUUUCUGCCCCAAGUACAUUUCUUGAACCACCAGCAGAAUCAGUACCACCGCAGGGGAAGGGGGACAUGGGACGAAGUUCUUCAAUGGCUGUAUCGCAGACAUCAGCGAAACCCACAACUCCUGCAAUGCGGAGAUGGCAAUCAAACCCAAUUCCUCUCCACAAGUCGGGCUCAAAGCGAGAGAAAAUUCGCCAGGUGCUUGGAAGGUUGGAUACUUCAAGUCGAAGUAGUCUCAAAAAGACAUCGCCACGUCUAGGUACAAAACCCUUCAGUUCCUUUUCUCCAAUACCAGAGCGGGGCGCAGCCCCGAGAUUUGAUCGAAGCCGCCCAAAUACUAGCAUUGAUCUUUCUUCAACGGAUAGCGUGGCCAUUCCGCCCAUCAUAAAAGCAGCUCAAACUGGGUCACUGGUCCAAGUUGAAAUGCAAAUUGGCGAAGGAGCCGAUAUUAAUGAUCAUCACGCACUCACAGGUAGAACAGCUCUGGCGGUGGCCGCCCAUUGUGGUAAUGAAGAAGUGGUGGAUUAUCUACUCCAACAGGGGGCAAAGUUCGACACUCAGGAAAUAGAUGGCUCGACGCCUCUCCAUCUGGCAGCCUCUAGGGGUCACACCGGCGUUAUCCAAGUCCUCCUAUCAGUGAUCGAGAGCGUGGAUGUAAAGGAUGGAUUGGGUCGAACGCCGUUCUGGGUGGCUGCUGAUGGCGGUCACAUAGAUGCAACACGGAUGCUGCUUGGUGCGGGCUGCAAAAUAACGGCCCGAGCUAAAGGACAAAUAACCGCCUUACACAAAGCGGCAAUCCGGGGCGACAGCGAGAUGGUGGCAUUUCUCUUACAGUCCGGUGCGGACAUUGAAGCCAAGGAUGCUACCAUGAAGUCUGCCUUACACCAUGCUUGCGAGAAUCGCCAAUAUACCCUCUGUCGCUCUCUUUUUCAGUAUAAAGCGGACAUUGAAGCCGUCGAAAUCAAUAAGAAAACACCACUAAUUUGUGCUGCAAUCGCGGGCGAUGUGCGCAUAGUGGAAUAUCUGAUUGGGAAAAGGGCUUCGAUGCUGACUACGGAUGAAGGCGGGAUGAAUCCUCUACAUGCUGCAGCUGCUCAUGGCCAUGUUGAAGUUGUCCAAUUCCUACUAGAGAAAAAAGUCUCUAUAAGCUCCACGAAUAAACUUGGGAUGACCCCUUUACAUCUUGCCGUCAUGUCUAGACAAUUUGCGGUUGUUGAAUUCCUCCUGCGCAGAGGAGCACCUACUGAGAUCAAGAGCUCAGGCGGUUUCACACCACUUCACUACGCCUGCGAUCUGGUAGAUGUUGAGAUAGCCCAACAUCUUGUUGGGUGCGGAGCAAGCAUUGAGGCUCAGGGAGAAGGACAGCAGCGACCAAUUCAUAUUGCUGUAGCUAGAAAUUCGAUGGAGUUGGUUCAAUUUCUCUGCCAAAGGCGAGUCGAGGUUGACGCUGCCGAUGCAUCCGGCACACGACCUUUGUGCAUAGCUUGCCGUAAGGGUAAUGCACCUAUCGCUGAGCUCCUACUGGAUCAAGGUGCGCUUACAUUAUGCCCGACCUCAUGGAAUGGCACCCGGGAAGAGCACUCGCCGUUAGCGAUAGCGUCGAGAUCCGGUGACGUGCGGAUAGUAUCCCUUUUGCUUGGGAAGGGAGCAUCUGUUGAACAGUAUGAUGGCAGGGGCUGGAACCCUCCCUUGUACGCAGCACACUACGGGCAUGUACAAGCUCUACGGUUGCUACUAUCAAAGUGUAGUACACUCGCAAAGAUAAAGCUGGGACAAAUGUUCUCACAGACUAGGUUCCAUCCAGAUAUUUCAAUCCCAUCGGAAACAGCGCACAUGAUUCAAAGGCUUAUCCUUGAGAACGCACAGCCACUGCAUGGCCAGGGUAUUGGGGGCCCUCGGGUGAUGCGGGACUUCAGCGGAGGGUUUGGUGGUGAUAGUAGACUGCUGCAGGGACAAGUACAUGUUCAACAAGCUUUCUACCAGCCUCCUUCCUCCUCAAUAACUCCACCAAUACCAUCGUUUCCCCAGACUGCCAUUGAACUUCCAGCAUUUGAACCCAUUAUCCUACCUGGCCGUGAGAUUAAUGAAUCGAUCGAGUCGGGUAAUCAGGGUACACAGCAGCGUCAGUCUAUGGCAGAGGCGACCACCCGUCCUGGCUUAUUCGAAGCACCACAGGAUCCUGUCACACAGGACAACAGCCACAACAAUCAUGUCUCUAUAGAACAAACUUACGAUAACUACAACCACCAGACUAGCGCUCGUUCUGGCCCACGAGAGCCACUUCCUACUAUACCAAGUCGAACAAACACACCACUGCCGAUAUUCGAGUACCCUCGCCAUGAACCGCCCUCUCAGCCGGUUUCCCAACCCCAGGACCUGCCACCUAGAAACUUUCCAACCCGUGGAGAUAUCAGACCCUCUCCCUUCGACACCUCUAGUGGAAACGUCGCCAUUAGCCCUGCACAUCUCGAGCCAGGAGAGCUACCAGACAACAGACAACCGCAAUAUAUAGGAGGACUAGAUAGACAAGUACCGGAAGACGAGUCCGAUAGUGACUUUGAAAGUGACUCGGACAGCGAGUCUGCUGUUUCCGUAUACACUGCCCCAGAAUCGCUCGAGCCCGAGGUAUCAGAGCUAUCUUCUGCUGGGCUUGGAGCCGCCAUCUACGAGCUUGAUGGAACCAGCAUAUCAAUGCAUGGAGUCUUUAUAUAG